AUGGACCUCUUCACCUUCUACGAACCCCUCCGCGUCUGGAUCUGCCAGCCCUGCGAGAUAGGCGUGAGCCCGCACUGGAUCGAGAGCCAUCUUCGGAAGCACCAUAAGGCCCACCCGACCGCGAGCACUACGGACCUCCGCCGCGCGGCGGUAGUGACGGCGUGGGACCGUCGUCCGUGGGAUCCAGCGUGCGAGCCGUUCGCGCCGCCAGACCCUACACUCCCACCAAUCCCUGGCAUCCCAACGCACCACGGGUAUAGCUGCCCCGAGCCUAACUGCGACUCGUUCGCGACGACCUCCUUCGAUCAGAUGCGGAAGCACCGACAAACAGUCCACCCUAGGGCGCCUACACGGCCGGCUGGGCGGCCUCCAGCGGCCGUAAGGGCGACAAUUCCACGGCCGCAGCCGGUGAGCUGCCAGCGGCUCUUUACCAAUAUCAAAGGGGCAAGCGCCUUCUUUAUUGUGACGCCUACGGAGCCUCGACGACGGACGCGGGAAGAGCUUGACCGUACGCCGGCGGAUAUCAUGCGCGCAGAGGUAGAUCAGGCGAUCAAACGGGCGAAUAUACUCGCGGAGGUAGAGAAUCAGCUCGCACCUACUACUCGCGAGACAGGUACUGAUAAGACAACGCCAUGGCUCGAACGCACGCGGUGGCCUGAGGUCGUCGGCGGCCACUCCUUUAUAGCCGUCGCACGCCUCGCGAUCGGCCCAGACCCUGUCACAGAGCCAGUCCUUAUAGUCAUCGCAGAGAGCGUCCGACGUCUCCUUAACACGGCCCUUACGUCCGUCCUUGCGAACCGGAUUAAUGAGUUCGACCAGGCCCGCCUAAACACGUUCCGGCGACGGGCAGAGGGCUUCGCAAUCCAGCCGCUACGGAUCCACCUCCAGCCUACGACCGUCCAUCGCUAUCAGCGCAUAUGGGUACGCUUGAUUUGCUUCGUCUACCGUAUCUCGCGACCUAGUCAGCCGAUCACCCUCCGGCAUCGCCUAACGACUGUGCAGCUCGCGGCGCUUAGUCGCCUUGAGGAACACGCUCGCGACCCUACUGCCUCAAGCGAUCAGCUUGAUCGCGCGAGCCUUGACCUCUCAAUCGCCCUCCUCGACCACGAACUCAAGGGGGAUAUCUACGAGAGUGUAGUGGUCGGGUUCCUCGCGGCGCUUAGCAUUGACGUAGAGAACCUCACGUAUCGCGACCCUGAGCACUAUACGCCAUUCCUCUCUGCAAUCAUCAAGAUGUCGCAGCUCCUCGUCGCACAGCGUGCAGUCCAGCUCGUCGACGAUGGUCAGGUCGCGUAUACAGGAGAUAUGAUUGACGAGAUGCGCGAGCGCUUCCUUGUCUUUGGAACCCGUACGCCCUUCCACUGGAUCACACGGCUCCGCGCGUAUGGGAAGCGGGUACAGACGACGUCGACCGGCCUUGGAUACCUCAUCUGGUCCGACGACCGUCAGAGCCUCACCUUCCGCGAGGUCCACCUCGCGAUAUCAGACCUCCGGCGGUUCGUCGAGACGCAGAUUGAGCUCGCGCGGUGGGACCUCGAGCAGCUCUUCCUCCUUCGCGAGGACGAGGAUAGCGGUAAUAAGACUCGCGAGGGGACUAUCCCAACGCUCCCCCUCUCCCAGCUUGUAGACGACCCAAUCAAUAACUCGCGAGGCUGGAAUUUCCUCUCCGAUCCACGGAACCACGCGGUACUUCCAACGACGGGAGAGCGUUGGCUCGUUGACCAUAUUCUUGCGAGCGAUACACUCCGUGAGGAAUUCAUCUCUGUCCGGCAGUCAGACUCGCGGGUUCGAUUCCAGAAGGCCGCCGUCGAGGACUAUCGCGGGUUAGUCAAUCAGUUCCUCCGGCGACUCCUCCUCGCGAUCCACAUAACUAGUGGUCAGCCUGCGCGCGCGACAGAGCUACUUUCCGUCCGGCACCGUAACACGCCUGAAGGCCGGCACCGCAACAUUUUUAUUGAGAAUGGCCUUAUCGCGAUCGUGACUGCGUACCAUAAGGCGCAAGGCGUGACAAACUCUAUCCGUAUCAUCCACCGCUACCUCCCGCGAGAGGUUAGUGAGCUCCUCGUCUACUACCUCUGGCUUGUACUCCCGUUCCUCGAGCAUGCGACGAUGCUCGCGGCGGAGAUCCCACAGCCUUUUCAGCGCUCGCCGUUCCUCUGGCCGCGAGGGUCGAGCCACUGGCCCACAGACUCCCUUGGGGCGAUUCUCCGGCAGGAGUUCGCGACACAUCUUCACGUGAAUAUCAACGUACCGACGUACCGGCAUAUCGUAAUAGGGAUCUCGCGGAUGCACCUCGCGAGCGGCGGGUUCAAGAAAGACUACGGAAUCGAGGAGAGCAUUGCAGAUGACCAGGCCGCACAUAGUGCAUGGGUCGCAGGGACAGCGUAUGCGCGAAUGAUCCAGGAGGCGCCAGGGGUGAUCGAGAGUCGGCGGCUCCGGUUCCGUGCAGUCAGCCGCGAGUGGCAUGAAUUACUUGGGCUCACCGCACAGGGCCCUCUCCCUUCGCAGGGCGCGCGAAAGCGACUAUACGACGAUAGCGACGUAGUAGACGAGGAUUUUAAGGAACCCGCGAAGAAACGCCAACGGUAUAUCAUGAUCGACGAUGACUAG